AUGAAUGAUGAUCGGCUGAUAUCUCAUCAUCACCUUCGGACCACCUCUCGUUCUUCCUCAUCACUAUCAUUUAUCGUCAUCAUCAACACGGCCCGCUCCAGACAAGAAUCUCAUUUCUUUAGACAGCCGGGUCGGAACAUGAACUACUACAUGACGCCGAGCUUUGUUCGCUUUUGGAUACCUGGAUAUUGUCCACAACGUUUUGGCCGUGAGCCAACGCCAGCUGAAUGUUACCCACAGCAGGGAAUGAUGUUACGAGGUGAUCCCUCUAUACAACCCUAUUCAUGCGGUCCAUUGCCGGAUUUUUACCUGGAAAGUGCAAGUUUCGGCUCACGAUCACCUUUCUUUCCCCAGCAAAACACCCAUCCUGACUAUUUCGCUGCUUAUCGACAAGCACCUAUUCAUUUUCAAUUUCCACAAAAAUCAUCAUCAACGUUGAUUCGAUGCGAAUGGAUUAAUGAGACUGGUAAAGAAUGUGGGUUGAUGUUCGCUACUUCAUCCCAAGUUGCAGCUCAUGUCUCACAACACCAUAUCGGUCUCAUUGAAAUGACUACCCAUGUCUGUUUAUGGAGAAAUUGUGAUCGAGUUGGAAAGCCUUUCAAGGCUAAAUACAAACUGGUCAAUCAUAUUCGUGUACAUACUGGAGAAAAACCGUUUCGAUGUGAACAAUGUAAUCGAGAAUUCGCUCGAAGUGAAAAUCUUAAAAUUCAUGUGAGGACGCAUACAAAAGAAAAACCGUUUCCAUGUCCACAUGCCGGUUGCGACAAGACAUUCGCCAAUUCGUCGGAUCGAAAAAAGCACAUGCAUGUACAUACCUCGGAAAAACCCUACGAGUGCAAGGUAAAAGGCUGCAAAAAGGUCUACAGUCACCCAAGCUCGUUGAGGAAGCAUAUGAAGGCACAUGAAAAAAACUGUCUGACACCGGAGUUGGACGAGAGCAGUGAUUCAGGGCAUGCCAGUACAGGAACACCUGGUGAUCCGUUUAUGAACAUAAAACCUGACGUAAGCGAGAUGUCGCUACAGUUUCCGUCAAACACGCCGCUUAUUCGUCCGCCUGUGGCCUAUGGACCGCCCCCUCACUACGCUCCCUCACACCAUCCGACGGCUAUGUUUCCAGCCGAACUCUAUCAUCAAUUUCAUUGA